GCGAGCGGCGGGGUUACCAGGGGAACCGAGCCGCGCUGUCUGGCCGGGUCUCCGACGCUUAGAGGCCUUGUGUGUCGGGUGGUCGGGGGCUCCCUCUCGGGAGCCGCCGGGCCUCGGGUGUAGACUGUGGGGAUUCAGUCAAGGAUCGUUCUCUGGCCGGGCCAACGCCGGUGGAGAAGUGCGGGGCAGGAGGAGGGGAGCAGGUUUCCACGGGCUGGGGUUGGGGAGCGGAGGGGAGCGUUUGUUACUGAGGCGUCUGCAGUUGUUUUUGGGGAACUAGAUUUUAAUAUGCCCGGCACUCAGCCCCCGGAAUUGGAUGGGCCUAAUGCGAGGAUCCCGACACCCAACAAGAAGGGUCUGGCCCAUGCAAUGCCAAACACUCACCCAGCGGUCUCUCCGGGCCUUGACCCCAGCGGUUGCCUCUUGGCGUCUGAAGUGAAAGAAGGAAAAUGCCCUCCCGAUAAGAAUCCAUGCCAAGAGCCGUGCCAGGGGGAUGAAACCUGUCUGGCUGGGCAGAAGCACUGCAAUGCAGGCUGUGGUCGGCUCUGCCAAGGAGGCGUCCCUAAGGAGCUUGGCCAUGAAUGUCCUGCUGACCCCCUUCCGUGUGAAGAGCUGUGUGAUGGGGACACGUCCUGUCCCCAGGGACAUAAGUGCUGCAGCACUGGCUGUGGCUAUGCCUGCCGCGGAGACAUUAAGGGAGGGCGGGGCGGUAACUGUCCAGAAAUUUUGGUGGGCCUGUGCAUUGUCAGCUGCAUGGUGGAUGAGGACUGCCAAACUGGGGAAAAGUGUUGCAAGUCAGGCUGUGGCCGCUUCUGUGUCCCACCAGUCCUGCCACCCCAACUGGCCCUGAACCCCAACUGGACCAUCAGGUCUGAUUCUGAAUAAGAGAUCCUGGUGCCCCAGCUGCCCUAAUGUGCCCUGAGUUUCUUCGGUGCCUCCAUGGGGCUUGUCCUGGCAGCCAGGAGAGGAUGAUGUCCUGGGGCUUGUGAUACCCUCAGGGACUUUCAUUGCCCUCUCUGCUCUGUUUCUGUUCCUGCUCCUGCUGCUGUCCUGAGAGUAGGAAACCCAGCCCUCGGCUUGGGUAGUGGGUGUGUGGUGCUUCUUUUCCCCAAUAAAGGCUGGCGCUGACCCUCUUGUCUAUGCUGUUUGAGGGCUAAGAUGAGGAAAGAGAGCAAGGGGGUCUGAGUGUGGCUGUGGGAUUAUGGGACUAACUUAUUUAGAAAGGAUGGGGGCUGCCCUGGUGGUGCAGUGGUUAAAAACCCACCUGCCAAUGCAGGGGACAUGGGUUCGAUCCCUGCUCCAGGAAGAUCCCACAUGCCGUGGAGCAACUAAGCCCGUGUACCACAACUAUUGAGCCUGCGCUUUAGAGCCCAUGAACCACAACUGUUGAGCCCAUGUGCUGCAACUAUUGAAGCCCACGUGCCUAGAGCCCAUGCUUCACAACAAGAGAAGCCACGGCAAUGAGGAGCCCGCUCACCACAACGAAGAGUAGCCUCCACUCACAGCAACUAAAAGAAAGUCCGUGCACAGCAAAAAAGACCCAACAACAUAAAUAAAUUAAUUAAUUAAUUAAAAAAAAGUUGAUGCCUUAUAAAGAUUUUUAGGGGCGUCAAGAAGGGGGAAUGAUGAGGAAAAAUUUGGAGUUCAUAGCUUUAUGCCUGCUUGCCUUUGUUUGAAAAUCCUUUGCACGUAACACCUAGCAAUUUCCUUGCUCUGUAAUCACCUGUAACCUAUGGUAAUUGAGUAGCCAAUCAAAUAAUCCAAUCAAUUAAUGCCAAUUGUAGCUAUGUGUUUUAACCUAUAUAAGGAGAGAAUUCACCUAGAACAGGGCCCAGGACUUUGGAGCGUUAGCUCGUCUGGUGCCCUCAGCUCAAUAAACCUGAGUUCUCCAACCCUCCGAGUGUGAUGCUUGGUUUCUCGUGGGAUCGAUUUCUGCAACAGAAUCAGUGCAGAGAAGGGCAGCCUCAUCUAGAUUCACAAGCAUCAGUAAAGAAUGAGGAAACCCCCCAUAGGAGUUAAGAGGGAACACUUUAUAAAAAAAAAUUUAUUUUCUGGCUGCGUUGGGUCUUUGUUCCUGCGUGGGGGCUUUCUGUAGUUGCAGAGAGGGGGGCUACUCUUCGUUGUGGUACAUGGGCUUCUCAUUGCUGUGGCUUCUUUUGUUGCAGAGCGCAGGCUUUAGGCACGCAGUCUUCACUAGCUGUGGUGCACGGGCUUAGUUUGCUCUGUGGCAUGUGGGAUCUUCUUGGACCAGGGAUCAAACCCAUGUCCCCUACAUUGGCAGGCAGAUU